AUGGACAUGAGUAAGCAUCUCGAGGUGCGCGGAGCCCACCACCGUGCUCGAGCCCUUGCCAGAGACGUUGGCGCUCCCUACCUUCCUUACAAAUACGCGCCUGCAGGGCUACGCACCCACAAACCAAGAUCGAACACCUUCCGAGCUCCCAACCCACACGGAGCUCGAUUUCAACUUCCUGGCAAGACCAAGGUUUCUCUACCAAACGACACCCCAACACCGCCGUCUACCCGCCCGCUCAAGCGAAGCUUCACCCAACAGCUGGAUGAUGACUCGCCUACUGCCAGUCACACAAUUUAUCGCGAACUAGAGGAAAACCUCCUCAACCUGAAAGAGCUCUCUACCCAAUUCCGACGCGUUGGACAGGUUAAGCAUACGCAAAGGAUCCCUUUUCACAAGAGCAACUACAACUACCCGGAUUUCCACAGCCUUUGCCGACCGCUUUCUCAAAGACCCAAGAAGCCUGCCACACAGCAAAAUCAACGUCAACCCCAGCAGCCAGGUCAACAACCCCUGCAGCAACCUGAUGCCCUUGGUUUCGAGGCCCUCCCGGAGCCGCAGCCGACGCAGUCUGUGCAUUUUCUGGCACGAGCAGGCAUGGGAAUCACUAAUACGAUAGUCAGUGCCGGCAAGGCUAUUGUCAGCUACCCCUUGAAGCUUUUAUGGCCGUCACAGGAGCACCCACAGGUGCAACCAACUCUCCAAAACGUUUCCCUCAACAGCAAUGGAGAGGAAGUUCCCAGUGGAGAUGGGAUCCAGGCGCCCAAGCGUCGCCGACUUGCAGAACAGCAAACCGGUAGCAGUGCACAAGGACAGAAUGGUGCCACCAAAGAAGACUAUGAUGAUGAUUAUAAUAAUGACGACGGCAAUGAUACAAACUGGGCUGCUAGGUACCGUCCAUCUAACGGGGUCACUACAAACAAUGCAGAUCUAUCCUUUCCAAACGCAAGCUACGAUCCUAUGGAUCUCGAUGAGGAUGAUGGAAUAGCAGGUAAUGAAGCUCCAUGCGCUGGAUCGGAAUCUGAAAAUGACGCUACAGAUGAGGAGAAUGGUCCCGUCACAACGCAUUCUCCCAUUACAUCGGACUCGGAGUUUUCUUCACAUGAUACUCAGUCACCUCAGAUUCAAGAGCUCAUGGAGCAGAAUCUGGAUCCGCUCCGCCUGACCGAGCUUGUGGCCACCGGGCAGCCAACAGCUCUUAUCGCUUUACCUGAUACUUACGCAUAUCGGAGUCCAGAGCUCAUCGAGCAGAAUCUGAACCAGUCGUGUCCUGAUAAACCUGUGACUACCGGGUCUCCAAGAACUGCUACAAACAACAAACCCGAUCGUCGAUUCUUAGACAUGCCCGAAGAAUGGCAAAACGAUGAGAAUGCGGAGAUCCAAGUCUGUCACGAAAGUUUCGACGCAGCAUAUGCUGCGGAACAAGAAGCAACUAUGCGAAGGAAAAAAUCCAUCAUAUCCUACUGCUCAAACGAGGAAAAUGAGGAUAACGUCAGAAAAGCUUCUAAGCGUGUCUUUGGCGUCAGUCGCAGCCGAAAAAUGCCUGCCAAUAUCGGUUCCAGGUACAAGAACCCGAGAGAUUUCUUCGACAACGAAGAAAAGCACUCGAUCCAGGGUGUCGGAGCACUCCAAGCUAAUCCUAGGAGACUUGAGGAAGAUGAUAAAGCACGCCAAGCUGCCGAAUCGAAGGAGAAGGAGGAGGCAGAGGCGCGACGCCGUCAAGAGGCAGACGCUCAACUGGCAAAGCUGGGAUUGCGCACGGCAAAUCGUCCCUUCAUCACCCCGCUGAGCAGCCAGUGGGAUGACAAGGUCACAGCUGCAACUCAACGUGGCUCGGGUUCUGUCAAGACUUGUCCUCCUGAGAAUCUUGAUCUCAGUGCCCGCGACUUCUCUCGCAUGGUCCCUCAGACCGAAUGGCUAAACGACAACUGUGUUCAGGCUGCAACACAGUUUGGGGCCGAGUACAUCAACAAGGCUGCGGGCGUGACCAUCAAGAAAGACACGCCAAAGUGUGUUGCUCUCAACAGCUUCUUUUGGGCUCAACUCCUCACCAACGGCGUUCAGAAGAAGGAACGCAUGUUGAAGCGUGUGUGGGGCCUUACUCCUCAGAACUUUCUCGAUGUUGAAUCAAUCAUUGUCCCAAUCAACGAACACUCACACUGGACAUUUGUACUGAUCCGUCCACAACGUAGAGAGAUUGCUUAUGUGGAUUCAUUUCAGCAGAGGAACGAGUUCCGGCUUAACAAAAUACGCGAAUUUGUUGCCGCCUUCUUAGGCGACAAAUUUGAGGACGCAGAUUGGAAGGAAGUUGUUUUCAAGUCACCGCGCCAGAGCAACAGCUAUGACUGCGGGAUGUUUGUCAUUACAAAUUCCAUCCUGCUGGCGCUCGGUCUUGAUCCGAACACUUAUGAGCAGGAAGACCUCCCUCUUCAGAGGCGUCGAAUUGCAGCUGUCAUUUUGAAUGGUGGAUUUAAUGGCGAUUUCAGCUUGUCAUCUCUAUAG